CACUUCACUAUCUGCUUCACUCCAUCUCUCUCUCUCUCUUCAAUUGCACAGACCUCCACCCAUUCCCCCGCCGUGACAAAAAUUAAUACCCGCCGCCAACUCUCAUCCAUUUCUUUUUCCCACUUAAAAUUUGGGGGCUUAUAAAUUAAAAAAAUGGUGGACGUGGACCGGAGGAUGGCCGGUCUGAACCCGGCCCAUCUUGCCGGACUCCGCCGCCUCUCAGCGCGCGCCUCCUCGUCCGCGCCGUCCACGCCGCUCCCGCCGCGCCACAGCCUCUUCUCCUUCCGCUCCCUCGCCGAGAAAGUCAUCACCCACCUAAAGAGCUCUGGCAUCCCUGUCCAGCCCGGCCUGACCGAGUCGGAGUUCGCCGUCGCCGAAGCCGAGUUCGGAUUCGCAUUCCCGCCGGACCUCAAAGCAGUGCUCUCAGCCGGCUUGCCUGUCGGCGCCGGCUUCCCCGACUGGCGCUCGUCCGGCUCCGCGCGCCUCCACCUCCGCGCCUCCAUCGACCUCCCCAUCGCCUCCAUCUCCUUCCAUAUAGCUCGCAACGCGCUCUGGUCGAAAUCGUGGGGACCGCGCCCCCCCGCGCCGGAAAAAGCCCUGAAAAUCGCCCGAACCGCUCUGAAGCGGGCGCCGCUCCUGAUCCCCAUCUUCAACCGCUGCUACAUCCCCUGCAACCCUAGCCUCGCCGGAAACCCUAUCUUCUACGUCGACGAGAAUCGGAUUUUCUGCUGCGGCUUCGAUCUAUCCGACUUCUUCGACCGCGAAUCCACACUCUUCCACGACGAAAUCACGAUUCACCGACCAGACGCGGGGAAAUCGGCAGCGAAUUUCUCGAGGAGGAGCCUGGACGCCGGCACGCGGACGCCGCGGUGGGUGGAGUUCUGGAGCGACGCGGCCGUGGACCGGCGGCGGAGGAGCUCGAAUUCGUCGUCGUCGCCGGAUAGGUACAUCGACAUGCCGAGAUCCGAUUUGCCGGAGUGGGUGGACGAGUACGUGGCUCAAAUCGGGUCGGUGCUGAGGGAGGGCGGGUGGGCGGAAUCCGACGUGGCGGAGAUCGUGGACGUGUCGGCGUCGGGGUUCUUCGAGGGGGAGAUGGUGAUGCUCGACAACCAGGCGGUGCUGGACGCGCUGCUGCUCAAAGCGGAUCGCUUCUCGGAUACGCUCCGGAAAGCCGGGUGGAGCUCCGAAGAGGUAUCGGAUGCGCUCGGCUUUGAUUUCCGACCGGAGAAAGGGAAGAAACAUGCGCUGAAGCUAUCGCCCCAGCUCACCCAGAGGAUUGGGAAACUGGCUGAUUCGGUCAACCGCUCAUCGUCGUCUUCCGCCUCAUCGUUCUAGUUUCGACGGCUCCACAUUCCGUUUUUUUUCCUUCUUCUUUUCCGAUUUUCAGUUUUUCCAAAUAUCGAUUUACUACUUUUUUUUUCUUUUCUUUUUUCGUUUAGGAAAUCGGGAAAAAACACGGUUUGUUUUUGUUCUUUUUUUUUAAAAAAAAAUUAUAAGUAUAUACUUACAUACUUGAUGAAAUGAAACGAUAUUAUUAUACCUUUGUCAA